UACACAUCUUGUAACUGGGUCCACGAUUCACAUGCCUUUCGUUGUCUAUCUAUCUUCUUAUUCCUACGCCUGGUCGGACACUUCUACCCCUCCAUCUCUUCCAUUACUGCGGUUAAGCGGACAUGGUCUCUUCAGUACCCCAUGAAUUCCCAAACUCAAAUCCAGUCUGAUCUGCCACUCACAAUUCUUGCCACUGCGCCAUCCUCGUAAUCACCAUGUCGGAACAGCAGCAUCAGUCUACUGCUGCUGAUGGUGGUAGGAGUGGUGGCGGUGGUGCUGCGCGACCACAGCCUACGCUAGAUCGCGCAAGUCCUUCGUUACACUCCCAGAUUCCUACACGCUCAAUCGAGUCGGCCAAUCCUCCAGCGCCACCCUCCUCUACUUCCCAGACUCCGAGUACGACUGCGCAAGCCGGCUCCUUUCGGGUUCCUCAAUCUCCCAGAUCCGCGGCUGGUGAAUCCUCUACCAAUGCAGGAAAGGUUGCCAUACCAAGACUUAAGAGGUCUAUUGAUGCUGUCGGCGAGGAGGGCAACCGGCAGGGCGGAAGGCAUCGAGUUAAUCAUGCCUGUGAACCCUGCCGCCAUAGGAAGACAAAAUGUAGCGGCGAGCGACCGGUCUGCAGACAUUGUCAAGAUUUCAAAAUAGCCUGUUUCUACGCAGAUGGCAAAAGAGACAGAGUCAGAAAACAAUUUGGCACCAUGACCGAGAAAGUGGCCGACUAUGAAAAGCUUCUGAAAGACCUUAUGAGUAGAGUCCCCGAGGCGGAUGCGAAAUUGAUUCGCUCAUCUCUAGAUAGGGUAAGAUUCCGGCCAGACCUGUUUCUCGUCAGUAUGACUGAAAACUGCGCAGGGGGCCUACGACAACGAAGAUACUGCAACAGACCCUGGAACUUUGGGAACGCCUUCUGCCAUUCCGAGCAUUGAGAGAGAGGAUUCCCGAUCAGGCGCUGAAUCUGAAGUAUCAGCCGGGGCCGGCUCGACCGGGGCGCUCGAUAGAACCGAAGAAGAUUUUACCCGCGAACAAGCUAGGGCCACUGGCUACAUGGGAAAGAACUCGGAAGUCACCUGGUUGCAACGUCUGCGAGAAGAAAACUCAUUGGGGGAGCAGCCAGCGAACGCUCUGGGUGACGAGCGACAGCGGAAGUUGGCGCAGUCUUCGAUCACAUCCUCCUCCUCUAUGCGCCCACCAAAAGAUGUGCAAGUUCCGCUGGCCGAAGCUGACAACAGCUAUGCUAUCAACGACUACAACUAUCACCUCGACGACACUUCUAUCUUCACAUUUGAAGCUGUGGACCCCUACGAAAUGCCGACUCCCGAGGCGGCUCAUCAGCUGUUCAAUGCAUAUAUCAGCCGAGUGCAUUCGACCUUCCCAGUCGUAGGCAAAAUCAAUCUAGGGUCCCAGUUCCGAAAGUUCAUCAGUGGCACUGUACAAAGACCGCCUGAGAAAUGGCUUGCUAUUAUCAACAUGAUCUUCGCCAUUGGCGCGAGGUAUUCUCAUCUUGUCAAGGCGGACUGGCAAGGUGACGAGCGUGAUCAUCUCAUCUACUUCACUCGAGCACGUCUGCUCACGAUGAAUUCCGAAACGUUGUUUCAGCACCCUGAUCUCCAACAAAUUCAGGUUCUCAGUUUGAUGUCAUUUUAUUUGUUAUGUGCUGGCCAUGUAAAUAGAGCCUGGCUUCUCACUGGUGUGGCUAUUCGAGCUGCUACCUCACUCGGCAUGAAUCUACGGAAUGAUAGUGCCAACCUCGGAGAUCCUCUCAAGGAAAUUCGAUAUCGUGUCUGGUGGGCGUUGUACUGCUUAGAGCACCUUCUUUGUAACAUGACGGGGAGAGUCAACUGCGUCCUCGAUGACCAUUGUACGACACCUCUCCCCAUUCCUCUGGAAGAGGAGCAAUUUGAGACUGAGGACGGCGCGAAAUUGCUGAGCAAAGAGAGUCAGCAGGGCGAUCGCGCUCCUUCCUCAAACCCCCAAACCCCUACCGGCUCGAAUUCAACCCCGUCCACAGACCGUUCUCGCUCUCAGACCAAGAUGAAUUCGCGAUCUCCAUCAAUGUCCACCGGCCAAGGAGAUCUCGAAUGGGCAAAGGAUGUUCCCCUGAACAACUCUCUCUACUUUCUCCAUCUUGUACAAUUGAGCCGGCUAUCCCAGGAUAUCUUCCACCGCCUCUACAACCCUACGUCCGUCACUGGUACCUGGUCAGACAUACAGGCAAAAAUAGGAGAUCUCGACGAUCAACUCGAGCGAUGGUAUAGGAAGCUCCCUCAGGCCUUUGCCUUUCGCCGCAAGCAACGUGAGCGUGGGUCUUACGAACACCGCUUGGAUCUAGGCUUCGUGUACUACGGUGCCAAGAUGACUAUUCACCGUCCAUGCCUCUGCCGUCUAGAUCGCAAGAUCCCAGACCAGUCCAACAAGUCGAUGGAGUUCAACCGCAACUCUGCAGCUUCGUGUGUAAGGGCCGCCAUGGAAUUGCUGGCUAUGAUACCAGACGAACCAAACGCUGUUGGCCUCUUGAGAGUUGGGCCAUGGUGGGGUAUUCUGCACUGGCUCGUACAGUGUACAUCAGUGCUGAUGCUCGAAAUAACAUUUCGCUCCAAUCACAUGCCUGAGGAGGUCGACGCAAUUCUGGAAGCAAGCAAGAAAGGUAUUCGCUGGCUCCACGCUCUCGGCGAGGAUAGUCCUUCGGCGAAACGAGCUUGGGCAAUCUGUUUUCCGAUGCUUCAAGCUUCUGCAAAGAAAGUUGGUCGGAAUGCUGACGACGUUCCACAGCGGCCACCUGGGAAGUCGGAAACAUCAAUGCAAGAUGCCUUGAUGUCGGACUACCCUUAUGGCGGCGGACCUGGCGACAUGUUUACUACUGCUCCGAAUUUGCCGUCAAUGUACUCUUCGAUGCCUCAGACGCUGCCUCAGCUGCCGACCUCGCAGGCAUUUUCCAUGUACGAUCCAAUGAUGGCAUUUGACCAAUAUUUCCCAGCGGAACUCCAAGGACAGGCGAUGCAGUUUCCUCAGGGAAGUGGUUCAGGAAUGGAGUAUAUGAACAACGCUUAUCAUGACCCUCGGCAGCAAAAUUUUCAAAGUGGUGGUCAGAGCAGUCAAGGAGGUGGUCCUGGGUACAGUUAGGGAUUUACUCACAACUAUUCUCCCGAUCUUUCUUCAGAUAAAGGCAAACAACCAGCGACAAAUUUUGGAUAUUACGAUCCUUGCCUCCAAAAUUGACGUAUUGUGCGAUGCAGAGCAGAUGAUCUACCCUUUGCAACAUGGUGUGGCUAAUUCCGGCAAACCUCAAAGCAAGGGUUUCCUCACCUCCGCCUGCCAAUAACAUGAACCACCGAGACGUCUGCUGCAAGGUGUGCAGAUGUGAAGAAUGACAGAAUUUCGAAUGCUGGAGCUCUUCACGAGUGACAGUCCGCAAUACCUAUUUCGGCAUAAGUCGCGCUCCAUGUGUAUCGAAGUAUAAUUCUCGAAGUCCGGUUGACUGUGGGUUUGAGAGUGUGCGGCGGCACAAUGCUUGGAACAGAAUUCAGAUCUAGGGAGGGCGGCUUCUCUAGCUGCUGGUAGUUUUCUUUUGUUCAAGGGGCUUGUGACACAUCCCACAUACCUGUUCCAAACCACGCGCACACCAAAAAUUCCCGACAUUCCAGCUAGACAGAGUCCAUGAGGGGCUGGAUCAAAAGAUGUAAAGAAAUGUACAAGAGUGCUAUGCAAGCC